GUCGAUGGUCUUCCGUCCGUGAUAGUAUGAGAGUGCACUCCUCAACAUGCGCAUCUCUCACUUACCUGUGUUGGUCGGACUUUUGACGCUUUGUUCGGCCGAAACUAAAGAGAGGAAACAGAGGAGCGAUGGUUAUUACAGCCGAGGAACCCCCGGAGGAUGGGACUCUCGAAACGGGGUCCAAUCCUUCGGCUGGGACAGCAGGAGGCCGACCAAUUUGUGCUCAAGAUGUUCCCAAACCCCACCGGACAAUUACAGAGGAAACGGCUACGACAAUUUGAGCCCGGAGUGGCAGCAGAAGGACAUGAAGUCGUGGCGGCCAGGUUUGGACCGAGGUUACGACGACAAGAGGGUCUGGACCGGGACUAUCCGUCCGAUAGAAAAUCCUUCCAAUUGGGAUCAGAGAUACGACGAGAGAUGGCAGAGGUGGGAUAACCGUCCAGGAGGACUUGUAACGAAUUGGAUGGGUGGACCUUCGAGAUGGGAAACCUAUCAAAAGCGUGAUCCUUGGGACAAGGGCGAAGGUGGAGGAUACCAAGGAGGCGGAGGUGGACAGGCUUAUCCUUCAUAUUAUUACGGAUCUUCUAACACAAUGCCAAGUUAUGGUUCGGGUUAUGCAGGAAGCUACGGCUACGGGGAUGACAGAUACAGCGGAAGGGGAUGGACAAAGCCUUCAGGCUUCGAUUACAAAGCACCAGUCUACUACGACAGAAGUCGUGGUGAAUCCGGUUACAUAAAUAGAGAGCCGGAUUACAGGUACGACUACAAUUACCAACCCUGGGAGGAAAUGAUGAGGGGCUGGGGUUCAUCAGGAGGUCCAGGAUGGGGCACGAAAAACUACGCGUCGAAUUGGGACUACUACGAGCAACGACCUGGCCAGACCUACGGCCACGGAUAUCAUUACUAUCAGCCCCCGACUUCGAUGUCUUUCACGCCUCUCGCGCCUCCGUACCCAGACCCUUGGACGGAACGAGGCCCUCAAGAUCACCGACCGGCGACAGGAAGUUGGACGAGGCCAGGCUAUGAAAAGCCCAGUUACAGCUACAGCCCGGGUUAUGAGCGGCCAGGUUACGAACAAAGCGGAUGGUACUAUUACGGCUCGGGUGACCGGAGGCCUGGAGGAGAAUGGACGAGGCCAGGCGAUAGAUAUCCCGAAAGUUCAGGCAGCCACCGGCCCGGAGGUGCCGGUUAUAGACCAGGAGGAGGAGGAGGCUAUAGACCCGGAGGUGUGGGUUAUCAGCCAGGAGGAAGUGAUGGCUACAGGCCCGGAGGUGCUGGUUACCAACCUGACAGAAGUGACGGCUACAGGCCCGGAGGUGCUGGUUAUCAACCAGGAGGAAGUGGUGGCUACAGGCCUGGAGGAAGUGAUGUCUAUAGGCCCGGAGGUGCUGGUUAUCAGCCGGGAGGAGGUGAUGGGUUCAGGCCCGGAAGUGAAGGUUACAGACCAGGAGGAUCCGGUUAUCAACCGGGAGGAAGUGAUGUCUACAGGCCCGGUGGUGCCGGUUAUCACCCUGGAGGAAGUGACGGCUACAGGCCCGGAGGUGAUGGGUACAGGCCUGGUGGAGACGGUUACAGACCCGGUUCUGGAUACAGACCGGGUACGGGUUACAGGCCAAGCAGCGACGGCUACAGACCUGGAGGUGAUGGUUAUAACUACGACAAACCCAGCGGUUCGGGAAGCGACGGCUACGGAUCCGGGUCCCACCCGAGUUCAUCAGGAGAGCACAAGCUAGACCGAUACCCAGGACACACUGGAGUCGGAGCAACUUACGAAUUUUACGGAAACAGAGACUCAGGAAGCUAUCAUUAUGACAGAUCGACGACCUCAUCGACCCCUUCAUCAACAACAGAUCGCUCCACAUCAGGAUCCACUGCCAGUUCGACGCCUUCAUAAAAACCAUCUUCAUUAUUCCUAAGGCCACUGCCAAACUUAAAUUCAUUUAAUAUACUUGAUUUAGUUUUAACUCGAUGAAAAAAGAAAAUGUGAUACGUUUUUUCAUAAAUUCUUAAGGCAUGAAAGCGCGAUUUUUUUUUUAAAAAGCUCCAGUGCUUUUGUUUUAUUGAACAUUAAAAAUUAAUAAAACUAAACGCCUUGAGCUUUUUAAGUGAUUCUAGCAAGGAAUCGAAUAUUUCGAUUCGAUAGGUUUUUUUACUUUAAUUAAUUAAUGCAUUUUUUAAUGAAUAAAACAAUAAACCUUGUAAAAGUUUUAAAGGCGUCUUAAUUUAUAAAAAAUGCAGGGACCCUUGCUACUAUGAAGACGUCCGUGAUAUAAGUACCAAAGCUUUUUACAAAACGAAGUCCCUUCCUUUACAACGCCACAAUGCCACACUGUUAGCGACCCCUGGCAACUUUUCUCUUGAACAUAUCUACCUCUUUAAAUAAUCAACACACACCAAAAUUCCAGCUCCCAUGAAUAACAGUUUCUCAAUGAUCUCGCCAUUAUUAAGGAAAGAAAUAUUGUGUAUUUUAAUCUAAGGAUUCUUAACUGUAUUAAUAUCUGUAUCAAAUAAAAACAAUUGUUUAAACAGGC